GUCAAGCAAAGCACAUUUCUUGUGUUUUGUUGGAGCUGUUUGAAUCAUGCAAGCCACACAAAAUAAUCUGGGUUUGUUUCGCGUUUUCAAACCAACGAUUCUUUUUCACGCACCUCCGCUGCCGACUCUUCAACAAAUCUUUCGUCCGCCUGAGCUGGGAAAUUCGUCAUCGCUUUGGAAGCAGCCGGUGGGACCACUUGGCUUUGCUGCUGCUUUCACUACAACGCCUCCACCCCCUGUUAAUGUCCAAGCGUCUCCGAUGAGUUUUGAUUCUCAGGCUGUUAUUCCUUCUCUUUGUGUCGUGCCACAAAAUUCUGAUCAACCGCCCAAGAAUUUUAAAUCCGGUGCGUCCGUCUUACAAGUACUGGAGGAAUCGGUCGAAAAAUCGAACGCUUGUGUCCCAAACUUGAAUGGAAAAGGAAGAAAGAAGAAAUACCCUUGUCCGUUAUGCGACAUACGAUGCAGCAACAACGGUCAGCUUCAAGGUCACUUGAGGAUUCACACUGGGGAAAAGCCUUUUCAAUGUACUUUUGAUGGCUGCGAUAGACGAUUCGCUCGCAACGAGGAAUUGACGCGCCACAAACGCAUCCACACCGGUGUUCGCCCUCACAAGUGCGACAUAUGCAAUAAGGCGUUUGGACGAAAAGAUCAUUUAAGCAAACAUCAAAAGACACAUCUUCAAAAUUCCGAGAAAAAAGUAUUUACGUGUGUUGUGUUGGGUUGCGGUCAAAAAUACAGUCGCUCUGAUGCCUUAACUCGACACCAAUGGACUGCUCAUUCCCUGACAAAGGCAACUUCUCGGGCGAUCAAACGCCUGCCGCGUGAUCCGCAUGUCUUGAGGACUAUGAAUCCAUGUACAGUCCCGGCCAGUGGUACGUGGUUGAGCUCGUAACACUCCAACUAACUUACCGUCCGGCUUAGACCUGAUUUGUUUAUGGUAACAUAACAGUGAAAUAAUUAUGGAUCUGCUAAGAAACGUCAGAAACUCACAAGCACGUCCGCAGACAGUCAGAGAAGGAGACCGAAGAAACAAGCACGAGUUACAAGUGUUUCGUCGGCAAAAUCGUUUUAUUGUAGAAGCUAAAGUACAUUAAAGGUGCUAUCAUCGCCUUGUUCCAUUUAUUACACGCUUUCAUGGUGGUAUUGAAGGUCAGGAGCGCGACCUUAUCUGUGAAAUUUAAUAUCGUUCGGACAAGUCUUCAAUUCACCACUUGACGCUCUGGGUUUUUUUAUCAAGACGCCGGCUGGCUUUGACAUGUGACGAUGUAGUGAAACAGAUUUUCUAAACAUCGAAAGCACUGACAGUUACAGCGAAUUUUACAGAAAGUCUUAAGUGUUGUGGAUACUCUUUCUCUCCCCUUAUGUUUAUUUACUAUAACUGAACAAUUUCACUCAAAUUUGCAAAUUAAGCCUGCUCAAAGGCAAUUAAGAAUUCUAUUAAGAACAGUGUUAGCUAACGUGUUCAUUAGCAAAUAACAAUAGACUUGUUAUCUUUGGCAAUCUAUUGUGCCACUUAACGCCAUUUUCCCCCACAAUUUCAUUAUUUGUCAGUCAAUGGAAGAAAAACAACCGCAUCAAAUUAAAUGACGCCCGUCGGAAACACACAAUGGAUUUUCCGUGGGAAAAAAUCACAGACAAAGGAAUAAUUUAAUGACGAUCGCCUGU